AUGGGGCUGCUGUCUGGGGACACGCUGGGGCCCCUGGCCGUGGCCGUGCUCAUCUUCUUGCUCUUGCUGGACCUGAUGCACCGGCGCUCACGCUGGGCCCCACGCUACCCCCCAGGCCCCACGCCGCUGCCGGUGCUGGGCAACCUGCUGCAGGUGGACUUCGAGGACCCGCGUCCCAGCUUCAACCAGCUGCGGCGCCGAUUCGGGAACGUGUUCAGCCUGCAGCAGGUCUGGACGCCGGUAGUCGUGCUCAACGGGCUGGCCGCUGUGCGCGAGGCGCUGGUGCACUGCAACCAGGACACUUCCGACCGUCCUCCUCCGGCUGUCUACGAGCACCUGGGUUACGGGCCGCGCGCCGAAGGAGUGAUCCUGGCGCGAUAUGGGAACGCCUGGCGAGAGCAGCGGCGGUUCUCCCUGUCCACUCUGCGCAACUUCGGCCUGGGGAAGAAGUCACUGGAGCAGUGGGUGACUGAGGAGGCCUCGUGCCUCUGUGCCGCCUUCGCCGACCAGGCCGGACGCCCCUUUAGCCCCAAGGACCUCCUGAAUAAAGCAGUGAGCAACGUGAUCGCCUCCCUGACCUUCGGGUGUCGAUUCGAGUACAACGAUCCUUGCAUCGUCAAGUUGUUGGACAUGAUGGAGGACAUGUUGAAAGAGGAGUCUGGCUUAGUGCGCCAGGUGGUGGAAGCUGUGCCGGUGCUCAUGCGCAUCCCAGGGCUGGCCGCCAAGGUCUUCCCGGGGCUGAAGGCCUUCAUGGCCCUGAUUGAUGAGCUGAUCGCCGAGCAGAAGAUGACCCGGGACCCGACCCAGCCACCCCGACACCUGACCGACGCCUUCCUGGAUGAGGUGAAGGAGGCCAAGGGGAACCCAGAGAGCAGCUUCAAUGAUGAGAACCUGCGCCUGGUGGUGACCGACCUGUUCUCCGCUGGGAUGGUCACCACCUCGACCACACUGGCCUGGGCCCUCCUCCUCAUGAUCCUGCACCCAGACGUGCAGCGACGGGUCCAGCAGGAAAUCGAUGAGGUGAUAGGGAAGGUGAGGCGACCAGAGAUGGGUGAUCAGGCCCUCAUGCCCUUCACCGUGGCCGUGGUCCAUGAGGUGCAACGCUUUGCGGACAUCAUCCCCCUGGGAGUGCCCCACAUGACAUCCCGUGACAUCGAGGUUCAGGGCUUCCACGUCCCAAAGGGGACGACACUCAUCACCAACCUGUCGUCAGUGCUGAAGGACGAGACUGUCUGGGAGAAGCCCUUCCGCUUCCACCCGGAGCACUUCCUGGAUGCCCAGGGCCGCUUCGUCAAGCAGGAGGCCUUCAUACCCUUCUCCGCAGGCCGCCGCACAUGCCUCGGGGAGCCCCUGGCCCGCAUGGAGCUCUUCCUCUUCUUCACCAGCCUCCUGCAGCACUUCAGCUUCUCGGUGCCUGCCGGGCAGCCCCGCCCCAGCGACCAUGGUGUCUUUGCCUUCCUGGUGACCCCAGCCCCAUACCAGCUCUGUGCGGUGCCCCGCUAG